UUUAAGGAGGAGGUGCUAUUUGGAGCUGCCGCCGCGCCGCGAUGGCCGCCGCGGGCGGUGCGGGGCCCGGCGGACGGCGGUGACCGAUGUAUCUGAAGCGGCCGGCGGGCGGCCUCGCCUUCUGCCUCUUCUACCUGGCGUCCUGCUUCACCAAUAAGUAUGUCCUGUCUGUCCUGAAAUUUACCUACCCUACCCUUUUUCAAGGGUGGCAGACAUUAGUUGGUGGAAUUCUGCUUCAUGUCUCCUGGAAGUUGGGCUGGGUGGAGAUAAGCUUGUGUUCAAGGUCUGAAAUCCUGUCCUGGCUUCCUGCGUCGGUAAUUUUUGUAGGCAUUAUUUAUGCUGGCUCCAGGGCACUGUCUAGACUGGUAAGAAGCACACAGCCAAUUCCAGUGUUCCUCACUAUACAGAAUGCAGCAGAAGUCAUAACCUGUGGCUUCCAGAAGUUUGUGCAGAAAGAGCAGAUCUCUCAUCUGAAAGUCUGUAGUGUGCUGUUCCUCCUGGUAGCAGCAGUGUGCCUUCCUUUAUGUGACACGCAGUUUGAUCCAAACGGUUAUCUGUGGGCUCUAAUUCACUUGGUCUGUGUUGGGGCUUACAAAGUAUUUCACAAGUUAUGGAAGCCUAAUUCUUUAAGUGACUUGGACCAACAGUACAUCAACUAUGUAUUCAGUGUGGUGCUGUUGGCUUCUGCAUCCCAUCCAGCAGGUGAUCUCUUCAGUGCCUUGGACUUUCCAUUCCUCUACUUCUACAGAUUUCAUAGCAGUUGCUGUGCCAGUGGACUCUUGGGAUUCUUUCUGAUGUUGCACACAGUGAAGCUAAAAAGCAGCACAACCUCAGGGCAAUAUGCAGCAUGGAGUUUCCUUGCAAAGGUUAUCACUGCUAGCUUAUCACCGUUCUUCUUUGCCAUGACUGCCAAUGUACUGACAAUUUCUUGCCUUGUGAUCAGCGGAGUUGGAGAAGCUUUGCUUGUUUACACUGAGAAAACAGGCACGUAAAGAGGAACCAGAUCUCAGCAGCUGGAAAAGAGCUGACUUGCAACCCAGAAACCCUAUCACAAAUAAAAUACAGCAGCAAGAAUGAAGAAGUGCAAUCAAGCACAGGGAAAGGGACCUAUUGUCUUUUUUUUUUUUUUUU